AUGACUUUUGUCCACGAUCCGGAGGUCCAGCUCCCGCAAUUGUUCCCAGAUGAAGACUCCUUCGGCAACAUCGCGGCUGUGCUCGAACAUAUCAAAAAAAGCAAGAUUGCGCUGGCCAAUCGCAUUCAACGUUGUUUGGCACAAUACCAACCAAAAGUAGACGUAGAACAGGAUCUUUCGCGGCUAGCGACGGCCCAUGGACAGUUAGUGGUGCGUGCUGAUGAAACGCAGCAGCAAAUCACACAUGUGACGCUGCGGAUCCAGAAAUUGGACAGGGUGAAGCAAAACUUGGUCUUAUCCAUGAAAGUCCUCAAAAGGCUCCAGAUGCUCGUCACCGCGUACAAUUCGCUCAACGAGGUGGUGCACACGCAUGACUAUGAGCAGAUCUACCAGUAUCUUGGCGCUGUUCAUGAGCUCAUGAAGUAUUUCAAGUCGUAUAAGUCCAUCGAUGAAAUCGCGACAUUGCACCAGAAAAUCCACCAGACACAGAACAAAUUGGUAGACGACGUGUUCAUAGACUUUGAGGAUUCCUUCACCAAUAACUUUACGAACUCCAAGCUCCGAUAUGGAUGCGAGGUGCUUGAGUUGGUGGACGCCAAAUACAAAGACAAGCUUCUUACAUGGUUCUACAAUCUCCAGCUCAAGGAGAUCCUGUCGAUCUUCUCUGCGUCUGGGGAGGCUGGAAGCUUGGAGAAUUUGGCCCGUAGGUAUAUAUUUUUCACCAAUAUUCUCUCCAACAUUCGCUCAAACUACUUGCUGAUCUUCCCUGAGAGGUGGGGCGUGGACUUGGAGCUUGCCAAGCUCUUUUGCGUGAAGACGGGGCAAGAUAUCUCGUCCCUUUUGAGCGUCAAAAAUACUAGUUCUUGCGCAAUUUUACUCGAUGCGUUGACUAGAACACUAGCCUUUGAAAAGCAACUCAACGAGACAUUCGGCACAGACCUGUUUACGAAAAUCAUCCUGCGACUGUUCGAGCCUUUCUUGCAGGUCUGGGUCGACGAGCAGGACUCACUCAUCAAGGCCAAGUUCACAGAGUUUUACAGUCAACCAAAGAUCCCGAGCGAAAUCCAAGGCCCAUCCACGAUCAAUGAAUUGCUCGAUGUUCUCCGAGUGAACGCCGUUCCUAAUUUUGCACCUUCUUCUGUGGAAUUGUUCAAAUUAUUCCAGAAAUCGUUGCAGCAAACUGUGUCCGUAUCGACAGGAAAGACUUUGUUCGACUUGCAUUUCGUUGUCAAGAAAUACCUCUCGGAAUUUUUGGGAAACAUAUUGGUCCCUGUCCUCCAGUCAGCCUUGGAUCAUCCAAAAGGCGUUGAGCCAAUCAAGUAUCUUACUAUGCUCUUCAAUACCGCUGACUAUAUGAUAAAGAACACGGACGAUUUCCAGGAGAAGAUGGUCAAGACGAUCGAAGAGCCUUACAAGGACCGCAUAAGCUUUGAUUCCGAAAAAGAUCUAUUUUAUGACUUGAUCAAUAAGUCCAUUCGUUCAUUAGUGCAGAAGGUAUGCGCCGAUCUCGAUUUCCUGUGGAAGCAAUUCGAAAAUAACGGGUGGGACUCAAUCGAAGCAGUGUCCGAUACCUCUUCCUACAUGGAUGACUUUAUUAAAACGUUGAGGGAGGGCCACAAGGUCAUUUGUCCUCUUAUCAUUCGUGAGAGUUACGUCAGAAACUACGCAGACAAACUCAUAGAGAUGAUCGUGUCCGGCUUCAUGGGCAGAAUCGCGGGUCUCAAGGCCUUGAGCAUUAUUGCGAUUGAGCAGAUCCUCUUUGAUGUUUCUGCGCUCAAAAAGUUCAUGACAACGAUUCCCCUGUACUCGGAUCCCAACUUUGACGAUUCGAAGCCGUUGGAAACGAGUGUUUCGCAGAAGGUGUACGUCAGACAUCUCAAUGCUCAGUUCACGAAGCUCGAGACGCUCUUAAAUUUGUUGUUGACUCCGAUUUUACCGGUGGACAACGUGGUCGAACGGUACAUGGUUCUUGUCGGAGACAAAUCUGUGAACAACUUCAAGAAAUUCCUCAUACUCAAGAACAUCCAGGCAUCGGAGAUGCCAAAGUACGUCGAGAACUUCAAGUUGCAAAUUACUCUUCCCAACUCCCUCACAGACGAGAGCUCAAUCAUGACGGACCUCAUCGUUCAGACCGCCGACGGUUCCAUGAUGCACCCCUCCUCCCAGCCCAAACCUGACGUCAGUCACUUGAGGGAACUUGCCAGUAGCCGCUCGCCCGAGCCCAAUCUCCCAGAUUUUUUGAAGACAAACACCGCCAAACUCCAGUCCAUCAACUUCAACAAUGCGCUCCGGGAGUUCUCCAUCAACGGUGAAAAUCACGUCAACAAAUUGAACGAGAACUUCAAGAAUUUUGGCAAGUUUUUCCGAAAGGACGAUUGA